AGGGAGAUAAUCUAGUGUUGAACAAAAAUGGCGUAUCUCCAAUGACAACAUGUUGGCUUUUUAAUGAUGUGAUCUAAACUUAGGUUGUGUAAAGUUUCAAUGAAAAGCUCAUUUAUGUUCUUAAGGUUAUAGUGUUUAUCUAUGGUUAGUGUUUUUCAAUUUAUAUCAGAUAAUGUGUAUAGACAUUUGAAAAUAAACCAAGAAGCUAGCUCUAAGUGAUAGCAAACAUGGAAUACAAUUUUACUUUUGAACUAAAAAAUGUAAUUAAAAAGGAAAUGGAGGAAGACAUUUUGUCAGCCCCAACAUCUGAAGAAGAAUCUCCUAAGUUGUUUUGCAUGUCACACUGCGAGCCAAACCUUUCUCUUGAUCAUAGAAAUGGGAUGAAAGAAGAAAGGAAUGACACAAUGUUUGCACCAGAAGUUCCAGGAGAAGAACCAGACAAGUUGAACUCAUUGUCAGACUUGAAACAGGACAUCAGUUAUGAAAUGAGAGAAACAUCAAAUCUUAAACAUUUCCAGAUGCAAUUUGAAAAACUUGAGCAAGAAAGAACUUUUUUCAAAGAAGAUAAAAAACAACAUAAAGACAAUAAAUGUCCAACAUGCCUGAAAGUAUUUCCAACAUCUUCAAGAUUAAAGAGACAUCAGCGAGUCCAUACAGGUGAAAAACCAUUUCAAUGUCAAAUAUGUUUGAAAGCUUUUUCUGAGUUAUCAAAUGUAAGAAAACAUCAAAAGGUCCAUACAGGUGAAAAGCCAUUUGAAUGUCAAAUAUGUCUGAAAUUAUUUUCAACAUCUUCAAAUUUAAAGACACAUCGUCGGGUCCAUACAGGUGAAAAACCAUUUCAAUGUCAAAUAUGUCUGAAAUUAUUUACAACAUCUCCAGAAUUAGAGACACAUCAUCGAGUUCAUACAGGUGAAAAACCAAUUCAAUGUCAAAUAUGUCUGAAAUUAUUUUCAACAUCUUCAAAUUUAAAGACACAUCGUCGAGUCCAUACAGGUGAAAAACCAUUUCAAUGUCAAAUAUGUUUGAAAGGUUUUUCUGAUUCAUCAAGUUUAAGAAAACAUCAAAAGGUCCAUACAGGUGAAAAACCAUUUCAAUGUCAAAUAUGUCUGAAAUUAUUUACAACAUCUCCAGAAUUAAAGACACAUCAUCGAGUUCAUACAGGUGAAAAACCAUUUCAAUGUCAAAUAUGUCUGAAAUUAUUUACAACAUCUUCACAAUUAAAGAGACAUCGUCGAGUUCAUACAGGUGAAAAACCAUUUCAAUGUCAAAUAUGUUUGAAAGGUUUUUCUGAUUCAUCAAGUUUAAAACAACAUCAAAAUGUCCAUACAGGUGAAAAACCAUUUCAAUGUCAAAUAUGUUUGAAAGCUUUUUCUGAGUUAUCAAAUGUAAGAAAACAUCAAAAGGUCCAUACAGGUGAAAAACCAUUUCAAUGUCAUAUAUGUCUGAAAUUAUUUUCGACAUCUCCAGAAUUAAAGAUACAUCGUCGAGUUCAUACAGGUGAAAAACCAUUUCAAUGUCAAAUAUGUUUGAAAGCCUUUUCUCAGUCAUCAACUUUAAAGCGACAUCAAAACAUCCAUGCAUGCAAAAAACCAUUCCAAUGUCAAAUAUGUUUGAAAGCUUUUUCUCGGUCACCAAGUUUAAAACAACAUCAAAUGACUCAUACAUGCGAAAAACCAUUUCAAUGUCAAAUAUGUUUAAAAUCUUUUUCUCAGUCAUCAAGCUUAAAACAACAUCAAAAUGUCCAUACAGGUGAAAAACCAUUUCAAUGUCAAAUAUGUUUGAAAGCUUUUUCUGAGUCAUCAAGUUUAAAACAACAUCAAAAGGUCCAUACAGGUGAAAAACCAUUUCAAUGUCAAAUAUGUCUGAAAUUAUUUACAACAUCUUCACAAUUAAAGAUACAUUGUCGAGUUCAUACAGGUGAAAAACCAUUUCAAUGUCAAAUAUGUUUGAAAGCCUUUUCUGAGUCAUCAAGUUUAAGAAAACAUAGAAUGGUCCAUACAGGUGAAAAACCAUUUCAAUGUCAAAUAUGUCUGAAAUUUUAUGCAUCAUCUUCAGAAUUAAAGACACAUCGUCGAGUUCAUACAGGUGAAAAACCAUUUCAAUGUCAAAUAUGUUUGAAAGCUUUUUCUGUGUAUUCAAAUUUAAAAAGACAUCAGGUGCUCCAUUCAGGUAAAGAACAAUAUAAAUGUCAAAUAUGUCAGGUAGUAUUUUCUCAGACUUCAAGUUUUAAACAACACCUUCAGAUUCAUAACGUUGAAAAACUAUUUCAAUGUCGGAGACCAUUUUCUCACGGAUCAGAUGUAAAACGACAUCAAUGUGCUCAUAGCCAAAACUCAAAAGAGAAACUUAAAUGUCUGACAUGCAAUGCCAUUUUGUCCAGCAAGUUAACAUUAGCAAUACACUUAGAGUCUCACGUUAAUGGAAAACAAUUCAAAUGUAUUCUUUGCAAUAACAAGUUCUUAUCCCUGCGAGAUAUAAAAAAUCAUUUAAUGAUACACAUUAACUGUUUCAGUGCGGUGUUACUCUCAGUGAGUAACUUUGCUUGCGCUAGUCAGUGUGGCCUUACUCUCAGCUAGUGACUUGGUUUAAAAUAUUUAUUUCACUAUCUUUUUUAUGUUAAACUUUUUUAUUUCUCUCUUUUUUUUCAAUUUCCGGAUGUGGGAGUUUUUUCAUCUUUUAUGAAAUCUGAAGCAAUUAAAUGUGCUUAGUAUUGUGAUUUUUCAAUACUUAUGGAUUAAAUGUUUAAUUAAAAGGUUAAAUCUUUCAGUAUAACGAUUUUUUAAUGAAUUUAAAAAAUAUUUUCAUUUUCCCUGCUCAGUUUAAAAUAAAUGGAAAAAAAAUUUUGUUGAAUAUUUAAUUUUUUAUUUAUUUUUAAUUUGUAGCCCAUUCAAUUUCCUUUAAAAUAAAAUCAAAUAUGUUUAAAGAUUAAUGAAUAUAAUAAAAAAGUUAUAUAGUUUUAGCAAGUCUACCCCAGUUUCGCAAAACGAAAUUCUUUUCGAUCAAAACAAUUCGCACUGAAAGAGUUAACAGACUGCCUUUGAAAUGUGUACUUUGUAAUAGAAGUUUUUGUAAUGCACAGCUAGUAGAAAAACAUGUUUGUAGGCUGAAAUGUGAAUGUUUUGUCUAGCUUUAGUUUUGAAAAUCUAAUAUUUAAAAUAAUUGUUAACGAUCAUACGGUUCAUUGAGCUACUAUCGAAGUAAGGUUUUGCUUUCUAUAAUAAUGCUAAUUAUUACAUGUGUAAAUGUUAGCGUUUUAAUGUGAUGACUUCUUGUUGAUUUUAAUAAUUGAUGCUUAAAAAAAGCCUAGUUAUAUAUUAAUCUAAGUACUAAAUGACUAAUAUGCAUUUUGUGUCUGACCGAACUGACUUGCUCAUACAGACCUACAUUAAGUAGUACACGUCUGAUGAUCUAAAAUUAUACAUAUUAAUAGUUAUGGCAUGUAAUAAUAAUAAUACUCUUUAUUGUCCGUAUGGAAAUUUGUCUUACAAUUGGUGCAUUACACCAAACAAAAAACAUUAUAACCAUUUGUAUGGUGCUUCGUUCCUAAAUAAACUAAAUAAAUCUU